GGAAACUUUUUUCAUGUGUGAUAUUUGCGUAACUUUGGCUAAUCUGUUUAUGAUUUUUUAUAUUAAUUUUGUUUGAUUUUUUUUUUUUUUUUUGUUUGUAGAAUUGAAGAUGUAUUAACGCGUUACAUUAAUCUUCCCGGCCAUGAUAGGGGAAAGUAAGUUUUUUUUUAUCAAUUAUAUUUGUUUUGUCAUUCAUUGUUUGAUUUUACCUUUCAUGGAUUAAUAUGCAAUACUUACUGACAUUUUAGUGGACCUUUCUUUCUUUCAACUCCAAUGAACAGCUUCGUUCAUAAUCGAGAGGUACGAUAUUGUAAGACUUACAAUUUUUUUUUUUAAUUUUGUUGUUAUAUUAAGAGAAUUCUCUCCGAUUACUAGACCAUCUAAUUAUGGAAAUGAAAAAUGGGAAAAUUUUAAAAGAAUGAGAAAUGUCGUGUUCACAAACCCCUGCCUAACGAUAGGUGGGCCGUCUAGUUAUUGGAAAGAAUCUCGUUCAAUUUAAUGUCUAAGCUAGCAAUUGGCAAAGGGUCAUGUAUUAAUUUCCAUGUCCUUGCAGUACUUAAUAGGCACCCUAAAAAAGCUCAAGACGGAGAAUGACAUUGCUCUUCAACUUGCCAACCCUGGAGGAUGUAACUCAAACUUGGAGCAGGAUCUUCAACAAGAAGUGAAUAACUUGCUACACCAACUUCAGAUGGCUGAGGAUCAAUUAAGGAUUUAUGAGCCUGAUCCAAUGGCCUUCACAUCAAUGGGAGAACUUGAAUCAUGUGAGAAGAACCUCAUUGAUGCUUUGUCACGCGUCUCACAACGAAAGAAAUACUUGCUGAGCAAUCAUAUGUCUAGCUAUGACCCUUCAGGUGUCCAGAUUUUCUUGGACACGAGUGAAGGGAUGCCAACGUCGUUUGAAGACAUAGGUUGGUUGCCAGAAAAUGGUCAUAACCAAGGCCAAAUUUUCACUAGCUCUGACCCUUCUAAUACCAUUGCCAUGAGGCCAAACCAUUCUUCAGCAACACCGGGAACAACAACUAUAUACGAAACCUUGAAUCAUGGGCAGGGGGGGAAUGCCAUGAAUGCUGCCAUGAAUCAACAUAACACUCAGAUGGGAGGCACAACAACUGCUCAUCAUCAUCAACAACAGCAGCAACAACAUCAUCAACAACAGCAGCAGCAACAGCAACAUCAACAACACCAACAUCAUCCCCAUGAUCAAACAGGUGGGAUCGGAGCACUUCCAACGUGGCAUCAGGCUUACACUUCAACUGAGCUUCUCAAUGCUUUGAUGCAGUCUAACACCACUUCAUAUUCUUCACUUAUCAAGCAAGAAUUGGCAGGGGGGGCUGCUGGUGUAGGGGAAGCACCAUCCGCGAUGGUUACAGGACAACAAGUAGAGGCGAUUCCUGCAACCAUGGGAUGCGGUAUAGUAGAAAUUGGAGUAGGAGGGCAUAUCCAAUGCAGUGAAGAUGCUUCUGCUACCUCUGCAUCAAAUUUUGACCAUAAAAUUCCACAACUCAAUAUGCAAUGAAGCAAAUGCUCCUAAAAGUCUCUGUAAUCCCAUGAUCCUAUCCAUGUAUUACUAAUGUUGUAACUUAUUGGCUCCUGGCUGUCUGAAGGCGUUGCAGCCGUACGUGUGCUCCUGAUUCUUUACAUUAGUUUAUAUCAUUCCAAACUGUAAAUCCGAGACAAAUUUAAAGGUCCCUCCUCCAUCUCCCAUACCACAACCAGUAGCAUCUCUAAACAAAAUGUGCAUGGUGCUGGACUAAUAGAAGAUAUAUACAUACAGUAUUUAGCAUUUUGCAACUUUUAUUAUAUACAACGUAAAUAAUAUUACAUU